AUGGGUGACACCUCUUGGCCUGCAGACAUUGAUGAAGAUAAGAAUAAUUCUAAUAUUUCGGAUGAUAAUUUUUUUUUCAAUCGUAAAAUUAAAUGCGGGUUUUUUGUUAUAUACGGACUGCUGAUUGUUCGAUUAUCAGAGCUAUAUAAAGGUUGUUCAAGAAUUUUAAAUACUUUUAAUCCCGAUCGGAUCUCAAACUGUUCCUAA